AAGGCGGCAUGAUUGAAAGAUUCUGAGAAUGGGAACCAUUCGCCGAUCAGAAAAGAUAAAAAAGGAUUACGAGAAAGACAGCCGGCAGCUUUGCUUCACCCAUCGGAAAAAUGAUGUGGGCCUUCUUGGGUUGCUUCCACUUCAACUCCCAACAAUAAUUUUUAAUAACAAUAAUGGCAAUUCUCAUAUCUCACGUGCUACUUCUCCCUAACUCCCUCGCAUGCCUUUCCCACGCACCAACAUCUUUCCCAUGGAACCGCCAAAGUUUCUGUGCCUUUAAAUCCUUGUACCGUGUUGCAGCCAGGGGUAGGUACCCAAAGGAAGUCAAUCAAAUGGAAGAAGCGAUCGUUGACGCCGACAAGUUUCGGGUCGAAUUCCUUCGAGUUCUCCGUAGUAGACGAUCUGGGGAAGUACCGCUGAAUGUGAAGCACACAGAGCCUGUUCUCAACCCUCUGAUUCAGGAGGCCAACCCGCCAACCUUUAGUAAGGUGAUGGCUUCUUGUCCAAAGGAAACUUCUUGCAAUUUGAAGGACUUGCUUCACGAGGAAAAUCUUCAUCUUACUACGGAGGAAGGAGAGCAAGGGCAGUUGCCCAUAUUGAUCAUGAGCAUGAAGGAGAGCAGACAGCAAAAAAGACCGGGAAUUGUUUUUCUGCACAGUACAAACAAGUGCAAAGAGUGGUUGAGACCAUUGCUCGAGGCUUAUGCAUCGAGGGGAUAUGUAGCUAUUGCCAUUGAUUCUCGUUACCAUGGUGAAAGGGCCAAGACCAAAACCACAUACCGUGAUGCUCUUAUUUCUGCAUGGAAAAAAGGUGAUACCAUGCCAUUCAUAUUUGACACGGUUUGGGACUUGAUAAAGUUGGCAGAUUAUCUGACAAGGAGGGAAGACAUUGAUCCAUGUAGAAUAGGAAUUACUGGUGAAUCACUUGGAGGAAUGCAUGCAUGGUUUGCUGCUGCUGCUGACACUCGCUAUUCUGUGGUUGUCCCCAUAAUCGGCGUGCAGUCUUUUGGAUGGGCUGUAGAUAAUGAUAAGUGGCAGGCACGAGUUGAGAGUAUAAAGCCUGUUUUUGAGGAAGCACGAAUUGAAUUAGGCAUGAAUGAGAUCAACAAAGAAGUGGUGAAGAAGGUCUGGAAUAGGAUUGCUCCUGGAUUGGAUUCCCAAUUUGACUCGAUAUAUUCAGUUCCAGCUAUUGCACCACGUCCUUUGUUGUUAUUAAAUGGUGCAGACGAUCCUCGAUGUCCAGUUGCCGGUUUGGAUGCUCCGGUGUCAAGAAUCCAGACAGCUUAUCAAAAGUUUGGUUGUCCAGAAAAUUUCAAGUUCAUCACACAAACUGGGAUUGGUCACGAAAUGACAACAGAGAUGGUAAAAGAAGCAAGUGAUUGGUUUGACAAGUUCUUAUGCGAGAGUAUAAAAGAGUAAUGACUUUUCUCGUCCCUUAAUUCCUUUGGAUAUCUAUUAUGCAUUUAUGAAUACAAUGUUCUUCAUGUACGAGUAACAAAAGAUCUGUCAUUUUACUUGUUACUUAACAAGUUCCUUACAAUUCAUGCUCUAGUUGGGUCAAAACUAGAGUGAGAUUGUUCGAAUUGCAACAUUAAAGUAAAUGUAAUUUAGUUAAUGUAAUUUCAAAAUUGUAACAAUUCAGCCUCCAUUUGGUAAUAUUUUUCGUCUUCUUAUA